GGCAGCCGCAGCCCCGCCGCUCGGAGGAGCCGAGCCCGGUCGUCUCGUCGCCUGCCCGGUGCCACGGCCCAAAGGGUGACAGCAAGGACGGUGCGCAGGGCUCCGGCCUGUGUCUCUCCGGGGAAAGGACUUUCCAGAGAAACAAAUCAAGGAAAAAAAACUGUCUUAAUUUCCCUCCACCCAGCAACAGUUCUUCAUAGCAGUACAUAGGGACUAUGGAGCAGCCAGAAGGGUUGUGUGGGACAGAGGCUCCCCAGGUGCUCCCACUGGCAGUAAGUAUCCAGCCCCAAACUGGAGCACACCAGAGGUUUACAACCAUGUGGACUCUGGAUAAAAAUCUUACUAAAUCCAGCAUCCAGCCCUUUUUCUGUCCUGUGUUUAAUUUCCUAUUUCUCUUUUGUGGAUCCAUUGCUGUGUGUUUCUUCCAUGUCUUCUACUCUUUCUUUUUUGUUGUUGUUGUUCCGCUACAUCCUUCCCUCUACUGGUAUGUCCUGGUUUUGGCUGGGAUAAAGUUAAUUUCCUUCCUAGUAGCUGGUACAUUGCUGUGCUUUGGAUUUAGGAUAAGAAGACUGUUGAUAGCACACUGUUUCAGUUGUUGCUGAGCAGUGCUUGCACUAAGUUGAAGACUUUUCAGCUCCUCCCCCCACCCUACCUACAAGGCUGGGAAGCACAAGAAGCUGGAAGAAGACACAGCAGAGACAGCUGAUCCCACCUGGCCAAAGGGACAAUUCUGUAUCAUAUGACACAUGGUGUACUUCAACACUAGGCUACAUCCAGAAGAUGCAGUUUGCAUCAAGCACCUCCCUGUAGCUGAAGUUUGCAAUGCUGAGACUGUUAUGGGCUGUGUCUCUCCAUGCCACAAAAUAAAAAUCAUCGGGUGGUCCUAGCUACACCUGGCUGCAUAUGUAUUAGUUAUGUCUAUUGUUCUCAUCCCAUGCACUCAUGAAACUGAAAACAUCUUAACUUUAAACUGUGGUCUUCAGAGUGCAGGAUUUCCCAGUGGAGCUGUGCAUGUGCACUGACAUCAGCUAAGACAAAAUAACCAAGCUCAGAAGAAAGUUGCUCAUGAUCUCAAGGAGUUACUGGAGCCAGCUGAACCUGAGAUUGCAGUCAGUUGGGCUGUGCCUGAGAAAUCCUUGAUCAAAGCACACUUCCAGGCUGUGCUCUGUAAUGGUUGUCAGCUGCAGUCUGCCUUAGUCUACAGCCCAACUGCACCUUGGAGACAACCAGCUCCCGCUUGUAUCUGCACUGUGGGACUGUCUGCUCAGAACAUGCACGCUUUGGUUGAAGCCAUGAAGAGAGUACUGGAAAGUCUCAACCUUAAUAUAGUUGAGAUGGUGGAUGAAAAUGCAACCUUGGAUGGUGGAGAUGUCUUAUUUACAGGCAGAGAAUUUUUCGUAGGUCUCUCCAGGCGGACAAAUCAACGUGGUGCAGAAAUUCUGGCUGACACAUUUAAGGAUUAUGCUGUCUCCACAGUCCCUGUUCAUGAUUCUUUGCAUCUGAAGAGCUUUUGCAGCAUGGCUGGACCAAACUUGAUUGCUAUCGGAUCAAGUGAAGCUGCACAGAAAGCCCUCAAGACCAUGCAGCAGAUGAGCGACCACCGCUACGACAAGCUGACAGUGCCUGACGAUGCCGCAGCAAACUGCAUCUACUUAAACAUUCCCAGCAAGGGCCACGUGCUGCUGCACCGAGCCCCCGAGGAGUACCCGGAGAGUGCCAAGGUAUUUGAAAAGCUGAAGGACCACAUGCUGAUCCCAAUAGCUGCCACAGAACUGGAGAAAGUAGAUGGGUCACUCACCUGUUGCUCUGUGCUUAUUAACAAAGCUUCAGAAUUAUGAGUUUACAGAGUCCCUCCCUUGUAACUGGCAAUAAUGUUACACACAAGGUAGAUGAAUCUGUAUCCACAUUUUUAUUGUUUUUAUUGACAAUCUACUGUACCACUGUGCUACUAACCCUUGUUUACAGAUUUUUUGCAUUGUGAAUUUUUAUUAUGUCCUUGCAGAUGGUAUUUAAGGUGGAUGUAGGGUUUGUUGGGAGCACAUAACUCUGAAGUAAGUUAGUCCCAUGGGCUAGCAGAAGACAAUUAUAAUGGCUAACCCUUAGCUUUAGUGAUUUAACAUAUCUGUGUGAAAAUUUCAUGAAACUCGGCUAAUUCUCAGUAUUUCAAGCACCUCUGUUGUCUUUACACUGUUCCCUUCUGUCUACUUUUUUCUUGCUUCCUUGCUCUACAUGUGUUUUUCCUUCCUCAGUCUUCUACUUUCAGUGGUGCAAAGUAUUAGGGGGACUGAAGAAAACUCAGUGGGCCCAUGAACCUUGUGUGGCAGGGAAGCUUUCCAUACACUAGCUGGGACAGUGGGCAGUGGAUUGUGCUCACUGUCCUGGCCACAUCACAGUGCUGCUGCUGCUGCUGCUGGGCAGAGUGGUGGCUGGAAUCCAUUUCAGACACCAGGUACCAGCUUUGGAAAAGCUUCCUCUGAGGGGAGCGUUCGAGGGCAAUGACUGCCUGGGAAACCUGACUGAUAGAACAAGAGAGUAGUGCAGCCACACAAGUUGUCUCCUGCAGUUCAGGUCCCAGUUUCCUGCAAGGAUCAUGACUUUCAAUGUGGUGAGAAUGGGAGGGGAGUUUUUGAAAAGGCCAGAUCCUAGGGAGUCUCUCGACCACAAAAGUUAAAUGCAGAGAUGCAAAAGAAAUCUAAAGUAUGGGGGAGUUAAAUCUCUUCAUUUACACCUUAAAAUUUGUUUGUCCUUUCUGUUUUCUGUUCAUUUGGAGGCCACUUACUAGUAAAAUUCAAAAGAAAAGGGUGAUAGAAGGAGUUGAAGGACAGCUAUUCCUGGAUUAUGCCCAUGAAUAAGGGAAACUAUUUUUUUCCUGGAAGAUUGUCAUUUUUUCUUUAUCUGCCCUUGGGACAGUUUUCCUUGGAACAAUAACCAUCUUAUUUUUUUUUUUUUAAUGGCAUGAAUAUUCACUGUGGUAUUCAGUUAAGGCAAAUAUAAUUUUUGUAGCAAAUUCCUCAACAUGUUUACCCACUGAGUCAUGGUUUUUUUUUUUUUUUGUUCACCACUGCAAAGUGAAGCACACACCAUUGUAUUCACAUGCUUCUUGUUAAAUCAUUUGUAAACUAAGGAUGGGAGCAAUUCCCAAACAGAGGCAGUAGUGGGAACUCUCCAGAGACUGACAAAUAGUCUGAACAUGUUAUCAGCUUCCUAGACAUCUCCUCCACCUUUCCUGAACCACUUGUGGUGUGUUGCUGAGGUACAGUAGGAAGUGACUGAGGGGGCUUGGGCAAUGUGGUCUGCAGGAAAGCAAACAGAAUUAAUCAAAUGCCCACUGGGAUAUCCUUUGGAAACCUGUGUGCUGUUUUGUGCUGCCAUAAGGGAGGAAACACAAGUACUCACACUUGUAGGUUCUCUCUGGCACAUCUCACACUGCAUUUCAGUGGUAAUGAGAGGAAAACCUCCUGGCAGCUGCCAGAGUACACCUGAUGCUUCGUGGGUGCUCUCUUUGUUGUGAUGACACGAGGUAUCAUGGGGAAGAGAGCAGUGAUGAGUGAAUCUAUUGUAUGUGUAAAGAACAUGGCCCAAAGAAAGUUCUUCAGCCAGCCAAACAGCAAGUGGGGAGUUUUUUCCUAUUUAUGACUCUCCUGUCCCAAAGGGUGAUCCUAAUGUUGCCUCUUUGUCUCUUCCAUUCCCAUGCACCAUCAUUUAAACCUGAGCCAGGUGAUCAGGCUCUCAGGAUAAAAAUGUUGCAGUGGGGAAUCUUUUUCUGCCUUCCCUUGGUGCUUUUUAAAUAUUUGAUAAAGUAUCACACAUUUCAAAAUAACCUGACACAAACCAGAGAUUUUGUGCCAAAAGUGGCCCUGCAGUAUUGAGCUCCUACAGGCAGCUCUGUUAAAAACCUGUGCAGCUGUGGGAGCUGUCAAAGCUGAAACAGCACCCCCCAUCCUGACUUGUCCAUUUACCUCCUGCAGCCUGGCCCCCAUCCAUGUCCUUCAGUCCCUCUUCCCUCCUCUUGCUAGGGAGCCAGAGCAUCCAGCUACACUGGGAGAAUUAGGCUGUAGGAUUUCAAUUUUAUUUAUUGUUAAAUAUUUCUUAGUGUUGGUUUUGGCUUUUUUCUCCUCCACCCUCUCUCACCUCUCACCUGUCUUCUUCCUCAGACUCCUAUUUCCAGUUUGCUCAUCAAGGCAUGAUGAGCACUUUUCUCAUUUAAUCCCAAGUGAUUUUACCUUCUUUCCUCAGUUCUUACUUGAGUCUUUUUCUUCACUUCUCCUUCUUCACUGUUCACUCCACAGUAUUCCAAGCCAUGAUGGACUAUCCUAAGCUAACUCCCUCCUGGAGUAGGUGCCAGGAGAGAGGAAAAACGGAGGGGUAUGCUUUGGGUCUGAGCAACUUUUGAGCUAGAAGGAUGACAGUCAGCAGGAGCUGUAGAUCCAGAGGGUAAGAAGGGUGACUCCUCUUUUUAAGAAUUCUCCAGAAAAAAAAAGAACCAUUUCUGGUGACACUGCUCUUACCCUUUUUCCUUGAAAGCUGUAGAAUGUGUGACAGUGAAUUCUCCUGGUUCCCUAGGGGAGAGAGAGAAGGAGUUGGGAUUUCAGAGCUGAGAAACAGCUAUGUAGACAGAGAGGUUGGUUUUUCAUCUCUUGCCAUUUAGAUUUCUUUGGUUUCAGGGCUGCAUUUUGGUAUACAGAAAGCAAGGGAGCAGCUGAGGGAUCUGAAUUCCUUCAGUUGUUGUAUUCAAACUGUCUAACUUCAGGCACAAAAUUGAGGUGCUCUAAAACCACACCUGCUUUCUCUCUCUUGGCCUCAGUAGUAAUCACAGCCUCUUAACAUAGAUGCUCUAAAUUACAUCUUAGUCUGAUGCCAAAAGUUACCCAAGCUGAUUAGUGGGAUCACCCUCACCUCACAGCUUCUCCUGUUAAUCUUUAUUCUGGCAUUAGAAAGAAAAAUAUUAUGAACACUUCAGUUUACAUAUUUGCAGUAUGGUACUAAAACUAAAAUCAUGCCAAAUGCUUCUUGUUCUUGCUGUUUGCUGUUUAUUUUUCUGUUGCCCAAACAAAGAAUUCAGUUGUGAGGACAUUUCUGCAGUGACACAUGUGCAUCUAAUGCAUGUCCUGUACAUUUUGUCACCAGAACAUUUCUCAGAUGUCUGAUGUAAAUCAUCAUCCUUGAUUAAUAUAAAUAUUAAAAUAAAAUCCCAAACCAAAAAAGGAGAUGAGACACGGAACACUGAUAGUUGCCCACAUAAAACUCUUGAUAACAACUGUCAGGCUGUAUGACAGAGCAGACCCCUACAGAAGUUCUUGUGGUAACAGCUCAGCAAUGGGGCUUGAAUUACUCAUCAAAGGAUUUUUCCUUUCAGCAAUCAGUUUAGCUCAGUUGAAAGGAAAGAGCCAGAAUGUGCAUUAUAGGUAUUUCAUGGAUGUUAUCUUUGCUAAGGGUUUAGGGAGAGGUGUGAUAUGUGGGUUUCUUUUUUCAACAGAAUGUGAAUACAGUGUCUCUCUCUGUAAUGAAAAUGUGAAUGCAUACUGUACCUUAUAAGAUAAACUUGAAUUCUUCCAUUUAUGUAUUUUUGUGUUUACCAUGCUAAUAUUCAGUUUUAAAUAGAUGCCACUGUGUGAAGCUAUGCUCUGAUUUUUUUUUGGUGAUUUCCAUGUGAUAGGAGUAGAGCUCAUAGGCACCACUAUGUCCAGUUUUGAAAACAAAAAGCCAGUAUACAAAAUGCUGUUUGUUCACAGCAAAUUGGAAAAUGUGGAAAAAAAGAGCUUUUGAUUUUGUUCAGCUUCAUAUAUGUUUUAUCAAUGAAGUCAAAGCUAAAUUAAUAGAAAACAUCAACAUCCACAUGGAACCAUUUGAGGAAGAUAAUUUACUAUUUAAGAUUGUCUAUUUUUGCUUUUAUCAAUAAGGAAGCUGAAAAGAUAAGCCUGCUUAAACAAUGGUAAUUGUUAAGUGAUUGUGAACAAAGUAUCAGUGGACCUCAUGUAUUUUCAGAGAAGUUUUAACUGGAUGUGUGCUGUAAGUUGUAUGGAGUUGUAUGUGAAUCGUGUUAGCCACUGUUUUACAUUGUAUUGUUCUGCAGUGCACAAAUGUGACUACUGAGCACAGAAGCAUUACAUUCAUUAAACUUAAUCUUGUUGCAGUAUAUAAUUCCCCACUUUUUGUGCCAAAAACAUCAAUACAUUCCAUAAUCAGUUCUAAUAGAGGUUUGCACUUUGAUUUAAUUUUUUUUUGUGACUCUUGCAGUUUCAAUACUAUAUAUCUCCAUCACGAAGGAAUAAAGUGUCAGUUGUACCAUA